AUGUACUAUACGACCUGCACUCUACAGUCUCCCUGCCCACCCCCUUCACUACGCCUUUGCUCUCCCUUUCCGCCCUUGUUUUGUUUGGUACGAAAUAAAAUCGUCGUGAGCGAGCGACCGAACCUUGACCGCGCUUGCCUCGCCUUCAUCCUCACUCGAGUGUAUUGCGUCGUCUCUCUCUGCCCCGUCGUUAUCACCGCUCGCGUCCUCCCGCAGUGUGCCCGGCCUCGGCCCGCCCCCCACCAAGCUCCUCCUCCCGAACAGCCCCGCUUUGGUCCCCUGAGAAGGCUCGUCCCGGCGUCUCGGCAAGUGCUUUGGCGCUUGCACCUCGCCAUCCCCCGCCUUGUCUUGCUCUUUGCCCGCGCCCACCUUGCGCGACUUCGACCUCCCCUUAAUUCCCCCGCCGCGCUCCGCCCCGUUUUCACUCUUUCUCAAGUUGAACCACCCCACCUUCUUCUGCUUCGCGGCCGGGGUUACCCGUUCUGGAGGCGGCGCCGCCUUGCCAGACCUGCCCGUCGACCGAUUCGAACUGAACUUCCGAGGUGCCGUCAGGUCCACGUCCUCCUUCGGGGCAACCUCCGCUGCCGUUGGCGGCUUGGGCGCCUGCGACCGGCUCCGCGACAGACCCAUUAUGCCGCGUUGCCUCUCGGUUUUGUGCUUUCGCGCUUGGAUUUCCGGCCAGAUUUUGCUGCGGCUUGCCAUGAACGAGAAGAUGCUCGGCCUCUCUGCGUCUCCGAUUGCAAGCGAAUCCAUGAGUUCGAGUUCGCUAUCGACUUCAUGGGAAGGCUCAAGGGCGGUCGACGUAUUGCCGCUGCUCUUUUGCUGUGGUUGGGGGCUGUGUGGAGCUCUGUUGCUGAGGUUGCGCCUUUCUACCGUACCAUCUUUUCGGUUUUGCCCUUCCUGUACUCCAGGAAGUUCGGCCGAACUUUGUUCCGAAACUUUGCCUUCAUCUUUUUCAAGUGCACCAUUAAAAGCAUCGUCCUUUUCCUUUCGGCAUCCAGGCGAUUGUGA